GUUUUUUCAGCGUAUGUUAACGAUUUAGCAUAAUGGGUACUGUAGCUGUAGAAAGCUUGAAUGUAGAAGCCCCGAACCAAUACAGAGAAGAAGAAGGUCUAAACACCACUUCUGUAGAAGAAGAUGAACUCUCACCCAUAGAACAAGUCCGUUUAACCGUACCCAUAACCGACGACCCGAGUAUACCCGUAUGGACAUUUCGGAUGUGGGUCAUGGGUAUUAUCUCAUGCACUCUCCUCUCAUUUCUCAACCAGUUCUUCGCUUACCGGAAAGAGCCACUUACCAUCACCCAGAUCACCGUCGUGGUUGCCACGCUCCCCAUCGGGCGGUUCAUGGCGGCUAUGCUUCCGACCACCCAGUUCCACAUCCCCGGGUUCGGGUCUAGGAAGUUCUCGUUGAAUCCGGAUCCGUUUAACAUGAAGGAACACGUGCUUAUAUCCAUAUUUGCAAAUGCCGGAGCGGCUUUUGGUGGCGGGUCGGCUUAUGCGGUUGGGAUUGUGAAUAUUAUCAUAGCGUUUUAUCGAAGGAAGAUUUCGUUCUUUGCUGCUUGGCUACUUAUUACUACAACUCAGGUUUUAGGAUAUGGCUGGGCUGGACUUCUGAGGAAAUACGUAGUUGAGCCGGCACACAUGUGGUGGCCUAGCACUCUUGUCCAGAUCUCUCUCUUCAAGGCACUUCAUCGAAGAGACGAUGAAGACGAAGAUGAGGAAACCCGUACCCGUACAAGUCGAAAAAUGUCCCGCCCGAAAUUCUUCUCCAUAGCACUGAUUUGCAGUUUCCUGUGGUACUUGAUUCCAGGCUACUUCUUCCAGACAUUAUCAACCAUUUCUUGGGUUUGCUGGGCAUUUCCCAAAUCAGUCACAGCUCAACAAUUAGGAUCCGGUUUGAACGGAUUAGGACUUGGAGCUUUCACACUGGACUGGACAACUGUGGCUUCUUUCUUGGGGAGCCCUCUAAUCACACCAUUCUUCGCCAUCGCCAAUGUUUGCGUUGGUUACCUCGUAAUCAUAUACAUUGUGAUUCCAGUAUCUUAUUGGGGGCUUAACGUCUACAACGCGAAAAAUUUCCCGAUAUUUUCAUCCGAUCUUUUCACUUCAGAUGGCCAGAGUUAUGAGAUAACCGACAUUGUGAAUGAUCAGUUCCAGUUGGAUAAAGACAAGUAUAAUGAACAUGGGAGGGUUAACUUGAGUACAUUUUUCGCGCUUACUUACGGAUUUGGAUUCGCCACCAUUGCUGCUACGAUCACUCAUGUUGGUUUGUUCUAUGGGAAAGAGAUUUAUCAGCGUUACAGGGCUUCAUCAAAAGGGAAAGUUGAUAUCCACACCAGGUUGAUGAGGAACUACAAGGACAUUCCUGCAAUGUGGUUUUAUGUGUUACUAGGAGUCACAUUAACUAUUGGACUUAUACUCACCACUGUUCUGAAUCAUCAAAUCCAGAUGCCUUAUUGGGGACUUAUUUUUGCAGCUUUUAUUGCCUUCCUGUUUACCCUGCCUAUCAGCAUCAUCACUGCCACAACUAAUCAGACUCCAGGACUGAAUAUCAUAACAGAGUAUAUUAUGGGUAUAAUCUAUCCUGGAAAACCCAUUGCAAAUGUUUGCUUCAAGACUUAUGGAUACAUGAGCAUGAAUCAAGCGAUCUCCUUCCUAGGUGAUUUCAAGCUUGGUCACUAUAUGAAAAUCCCACCAAGAUCGAUGUUCUUAGUUCAGUUCAUUGGGACCUUAAUUGCAGGAACAGUCAAUCUGAGUGUAGCAUGGUGGCUUUUACAUAGUGUCCAAGACAUAUGUCAUCAACCAAAAGGAUCAAACAGUCCAUGGACGUGUCCCGGCGAUCGGGUUUUCUUCGAUGCAUCGGUCAUUUGGGGAUUAGUAGGUCCAAGAAGGAUAUUUGGGAAUCAAGGAAACUACAAAGAACUCAAUUGGUUCUUCCUUGGAGGACUUCUUGGCCCUGUAAUAGUAUAUCUCCUUCACAGAGCAUUCCCUGAACAGAGAUGGAUUAAACUGAUUAAUCUUCCGGUACUUCUCGGAGCAACAGCGGCGAUGCCACCGGCUAGUUCGUUGAACUACAAUUCCUGGAUUUUGGUCGGGACGAUUUUCAACUUCUUCGUGUUUAGGUACAGGAAGAAAUGGUGGAAGAAAUACAACUAUAUUCUUUCGGCGGCGUUGGAUGCAGGGGUGGCGUUCAUGGCGGUUCUGCUUUACUUCAGUGUCGGAAUGGAAGAUCGGAAAAUCAAAUGGUGGGGUACUACGGAUCCUGAGCAUUGUGAUUUGGCUACUUGCCCAACUGCCAAAGGUAUAUCUGUUGAUGGUUGCCCUACAUUUUAGAGCUUUAUUCUUACUCAUAGAAUUCAUAAGCAUUUUUCGUAAGAUUUUGUUUGAAGGAUAGAUUCUCUGUAGAAAAUUAAUUUCUGAU